CGAAUUGAUUGAUCCCGAAGUCAUGCAAUAUCUAUCGUACUCUCGUAAAAUCGCUAGGGUUUUGAAACCACUGGCUCUCAUCGAGACCGAUGUGAGAUUUUUAUCCAAUGCCUCUCAUGUUGUUCAAUGGCCGAGCCAUCGAUCUCUUUCCUACUCUGCAUUUCCAGGAAAAAUGGAUACUUGUAAUCAGUUGUACGCUCAAUCACCUAUGACGGGGUUAAUGAUGCUGAGAGCUAACUUUUCCUCUGAAGCAAAACAUGUAGAGAAUCCUACAGAGGCUGUCAAGGAAUUACAUGGUAAAAUACUUGAUUCUGUGAAUGUCAAGAGAUCAAUGCCUCCAAAUGCUUGGUUGUGGUCAUUGAUUGAGAAUUGUCGGAACGAGGAUGACGUUAGUUUUCUGUUUGAUGUUCUGCAGAAUCUCCGGAGAUUUAGAUUGUCCAAUCUUCGUAUUCAUGACAACUUCAAUUGCAAUCUAUGCCAGCAAGUUGCUAAGAGUUGUGUACGUGUUGGGGCAAUUAACCAUGGUAAAAGGGCUCUUUGGAAACAUAAUGUUCACGGGUUGACUCCGAGCGUUGCAUCAGCACACCAUUUACUGUCAUACGCAUUAGAGCACAAGGACGCGAAACUCAUGGAUGAAGUAAUGAAACUCCUGAAAAUUAAUAACCUGCCUUUACAACCUGGGACAGCGGAUUUAGUUUUCAGGAUCUGUCAUGAUACAGAUAACUGGGAUCUAUUAGCUAAGUACUCGAAGAAAUUCUGCAAAUCUGGAGUCAAGCUCAGGAAGACCACAUUUGAUGUCUGGAUGGAAUUUGCUGCCAAAAGAGGAGACACAGAGUCGUUAUGGAAUGUUGAUAAACUGAGAUCUGAGAGUUACACUCAACACACCCUAUCCGGUGCUUUUUCAUGUGCAAAGGGUUUUCUGCUAGAACAUAAACCUGAAGAAGCUGCAGCUGUCAUCCAAAUUAUCUGUCAGGCGUAUCCUGAUGAGAAGAAGUCAGCACUUGAGGCUGAAUUCAAGAAGCUGGUAAACGAGUGGCCUGUAGACAUUAUCAAGCACCAAAAUGAAGAAGACAAGAAGGCUGUAGCUGCAUCACUGAAAUCUGACAUCCCUGCAAUGGUCAAUGCUUUGAUGAAUUUGGAGGAACAUUUAUCGUUAGGUGAGUUUCAUGUGUCGAAUCUUAUAAAGAAUCAUAUAUCUAGAGGAUCACCAAUACAAGCUCUGGUUUUGUACCACGGAAUCCGCCACAGAGGAGUGUAUUUUCCGGGAUGGAUUCCUUUGAUUUUAAAGGCGUGUGCUUGCGUUGUUCCACGUGUUUUUCUUGGGAAGCUGUUACAUUCUGAAUCGAUCAAGUUCGGUGUUUGUUCUGAUGUUAUGGUGGGAAGUUCUCUGAUUAGUAUGUAUGGGAAAUGUGGAUGUGUAGUUUCUGCACGCAAGGUGUUUGACGAAAUGCCUGAGAGAAACGUGGCUACUUGGAACGCUAUCAUCGGCGGGUAUAUGGGUAAUGGUGAUGCAGUUUCGGCUAGUGGAUUGUUCGAGGAGAUAUCGGUUUGUAGAAAUACGGUGACUUGGAUCGAGAUGAUUAAAGGGUAUGGGAAGAGAAAAGAGAUUGAGAAAGCUAGAGAAUUGUUUGAGAGAAUGCCUUUUGAGUUGAAGAAUGUGAAGACUUGGUCUGUGAUGCUCGGAGUUUACGUUGGUAAUCGAAAAAUGGAGGAUGCAUGGAAGUUUUUCGAGGAUAUACCGGAGAAGAACUCCUUUGUAUGGUCAUUGAUGAUCUCCGGGUAUUUUAGGAUAGGUGAUGUGCAUGAGGCUACAGCUACUUUUUAUCGAGUUUUUGCUCGUGAUUUGGUGAUUUGGAACACUUUGAUCACUGGUUAUGCACAGAAUGGGUAUUCUGAUGAUGCUAUUGAUGCUUUCUAUAAUAUGCAAGGAGAAGGGUAUGAACCGGAUGCGGUAACGGUUUCAAGUGUUUUAUCUGCUUGUGCUCAGUCAGGCCGUCUUGAUGUUGGCAGAGAAGUUCACUCUCUGAUUAACCGUAAAGGAAUUGAGCUUAAUCAGUUUGUUUCAAAUGCGUUGAUUGAUAUGUAUGCUAAAUGUGGGGAUCUAGAGAAUGCGACAUCCGUGUUUGAGUCGUUUAGUCUGAGAAGUUUAGCGUGUUGGAACUCUAUGAUCUCGUGUCUUGCCAUUCAUGGGAAAGGCAAAGAAGCUUUAGAGAUGUUCAGAACGAUGGAGAGCUUAGAUUUAAAACCCGACGAGAUCACUUUUCUGGCGGUUCUCAUUGCUUGUGUUCAUGGAGGCUUUCUAAUGGAAGGUCUAAAGAUAUUCUCGGAGAUGAAAACUCAAGACGUGAAACCGAAUGUAAAGCAUUUUGGAUGUUUGAUACAUCUAUUGGGACGCUCCGGAAAACUGAAAGAAGCUUACAGAUUGGUAAAAGAAAUGCCUGUGAAACCGAACGAUACAGUAUUGGGAGCUUUACUUGGCGCAUGUAAGGUUCAUAAGGAUACAGAAAUGGCUGAACAAGUGAUGAAGAUCAUCGAGACUGCUGGAAACAGUGACAGCGAGAACCAUCUUGCGUCGAUAUCGAACUUGUAUGCACACACCGAAAGAUGGGAAACAGCUGAAGCGUUGAGAGUUGAAAUGGAGAAAAGAGGUCUUGAGAAAUCCCCAGGGCUUAGCUCAGUAGUUUUGAUCUGAGUCUAUACCACUUAGCUUUGUUUAUUCGAAGAAGUAAAAUACUUAGAUGAGUAUGAAAUUGCCUUUAUAAACAGUGUCUAUACAG